AAUUGAUAAAAAAAAAUCUCCAGAUAUUUCAUUUUUGCAGUCUCUCUCUCUCUCAUCAUUCUGUACUUUUCUUAUUAUUAUUUUUCCCAAAAUCAGUAUAAACGAUCUCUAGGGUUUAAAUUACAUAUUGUUUGCAUUCUUCCUUUUCUUGAUGAUUCCAUUUUGAUAAAUUUCCGUUUCAGUUGCAGCUCUGUUCUCUUAUUUGAAAAUAAUUGUUCUUGAUUUUUUUUUUUAAAAAAAGAAUUGGGAUAAGGGAUAAUUCGAAUUCAGAUGGGUAUUUGCUAUUCUUCCGAGAGUAGAAAUGGAAACGACGGCUGUAGAAAGGACAGCGGCAGGAAAUCCGUCAUCGGCAGCGUCAGCGGCGAGCUCAGCUCAUUUUUCAGCAAGCUGAACGGCGGCGUCACCGGAAGCGGAGCUCUGGGCGGCGGCGGGCUGAAGGAGCGUGCUCUGCAUCAGAUUCCCGGGAGACUGUUCUCCAAUGGAUCGAGCUCCGUCGCGAGCUUGUUUACUCAGCAAGGAAAGAAAGGAACCAAUCAGGACGCUAUGAUCGUUUGGGAGAAUUUCUGUUCGAGAGCUGGGACAAUCUUUUGCGGAGUAUUUGAUGGACACGGGCCUUAUGGCCAUAUGGUUGCAAGGAGAGUAAGAGAUUCUCUUCCACUAUUGUUGAACACAGAGUUGGAAGUGAAAUCUUCUGCUGAUCCAACCGUUGCCAUGGAGAAUGGGGGCAUAAAUGGGAAUUCACAACCAGAAGAUUUCUUGGAUGAUGAUUUGUGCGACCCAACGGAAGCUGAGAACAAUGAGAAAUUCCCCGAAAUCCACGUGCCACUUAAGCGGUCAAUAUUAAAGGCAUUCAAGUCUAUGGAUAAGGAACUCAAAUUGCACCCCACAAUUGACUGUUUUUGUAGUGGCUCAACUGCUGUUGUAUUGGUUGUCCAGGGACAGGAUAUCAUAGUUGGGAAUAUUGGCGACUCAAGAGCAAUACUAGCAACAAGAGAUAAAGACAACUCAUUGAUGGCUGUUCAACUGACUGUGGAUUUGAAGCCUAAUCUUCCAAGAGAAGCUGCUAGAAUCCAGAAAUUCAAAGGAAGGGUUUUUGCAUUGCAAGAUGAACCAGAGGUCGCACGUGUAUGGUUACCCAAUAGUGAUUCACCAGGGCUUGCAAUGGCUAGAGCUUUUGGUGACUUCUGUCUCAAGGAUUUUGGCUUAAUUUCUAUUCCUGAUGUAUAUUACCACCGCAUAACUGAGAGAGACGAGUUUGUUGUUCUUGCAACUGACGGGGUAUGGGAUGUUCUUUCUAACAAGGAAGUUGUAGAUAUUGUGGCCUCUGCUCCGGGCCCCGCCUCGGCUUCUCGAGCUCUCAUUGACUGUGCCACUAGAGCAUGGAGACUCAAAUACCCAACAUCGAAAAACGACGACUGCGCAGUAGUCUGUCUCUUUCUGAAACAACUGUCCAAGCCUGAAUACGCGAGUUUGGGAAAAAGUGAUGCCGGGGAGAUUCAGAAAUCGGAUACUUGCAAGGAGGGCCGUGUUCUUGAAGAUUCUUGUGGUAAAACACCAGCAAUAAUGACCAGUGAGAUAGUGCCAGUCGAGGAGAAUGUCCUCCUCAAGGGCAAAAGUCGGGGCGAGCAAUCAAAGAGAAGCCUGGCCGAGUGCCUUUCGACCGGAGAUGAUGGUGAAGAAUGGUCUGCCCUCGAAGGUAUAACUCGGGUUAACAGUCUGCUUAGCAUUCCCAGGUUCUUUUCUGGUGAUAAAGGUUCUUCUAGUUGGAGAAAAUGGUUGUGAGACUAUCUCUUCUGUUCCUGCUGAUGUUUGAGAUGUUUAAACAAAAAAAGAAGAGAAAAAUCUCCAAUGUUUGUGUAAAUGGAAUAUGACUGUUAGCAAAAAAAGACUUGGAAAAGGAUACCAUCUUUUGGCUGCUAAUGGUUUGUGUGACAGAACUCAUAGAUUUUGAAUCCCAACAUUUGUAUUUACUUUUGUCUGUUUCUUUUGUCUAUUUCCUUUACUUAUAAAAUAAGGACUAAUGU